ACAAGAUUCGAAGUAAGUCCGACUUUUAUUUUUAGCAGCAACAACAGUUCUCUUAUUAUUUAGAAACAGGAAAAAAAACAGUAGAGACGAGAGAAUUACAAUCAGAAUUCAUCCUUGAAUUCAAACUUCACGAAGUUAUUAAAUCAUCAAUCUUACAUAUAUUUAUAAUGCUGCUUGCUAGAAAUAGAUUCCCAAAAUUAAGGGGUGGGGAUAUCCUAGACAAUAUUGUAUUUCAAUUGUCUAUUACAUCCCAUAUUUUAAAUUCCUCCGCCUCCUCCCUCUCUGCUCCUCUAAAACCAACUCUGGGCCACAAUGCAUGUCCCCUUCUCCAGUUCUAAACUUCUCCAUUGCAAGCUAGCUCCUGCCUAACUCUUCAAUUUUGAAACCACAAUGGCCUCUAGAAGGCAGCUGUUUGAGUUGCUAGAAGAGAAGCAAGAGCCUUUCUUACUGCGUACUUACCUAUUAGAGCAUGGGUGCUCAACUAGUAAGAGCCUUCAAAGGCUCAGCAGUCGAAGGUUCAGGAGAAAAAUGGCUGCUUUUAAUUGUCUGAGGUCAAUAUUGACCAAGUUUGUUCAUGGCCAGCCAUCCAGCAAAGCUCCGAAUUGGGAUAACAAGACCACGGAGGGUGGCAGACUUAGUAGUGUUUUGAGUUGCUUUUCUGGCAUCAGCUCAAGACAUUUGGGUGGAGAUCGCCAAUGGAGAUGCAUGGAGAUAGAGGACUCUAAGCAGCUCAGCCCUGUAUCAGUGCUAGGAUUCCCUGGCCACAGAUCCGAAGAAGAGAAUGAAUCAACAAUGUCGAGUUUCGACUCCCCGGGACAAAUGCCUGAAGCCUCUAACUCUUCACAUUGCUUCAAGAAUCAGGAAGAGAAGCUCCUGAUGGAUUGUGCAAGAGAGGCAGGAGCAAAAGUUCAUUACAAGCAUGGACAUUUGAGCUCUGAUAUCAGAGAAAAAGACAUACAUGAGAAGAUUCUCGCAUGGCAGAGGAUACAAGGAGGCAUGAGUAGCUUGUUAAAAUUGUUAGGUUCAGAUAUUUCAGAGUUAAGGAAUGAGUGGAGCCAGUUCAGAGCUGAGGUUUCAGUGGUAGGAGUUCAGAUGGAAGCGUCCAUAUUUGAAGAGAUCGUAGAUGAAACUGUCUUAGAGAUUUUGGGCAUUCAUUGCAUAUAAACAUAGUUUUGAAUUCAGCUUCUCACUGAAUCAAAUGAUCAGUUUAUUUUUUCUA